UGUGCGAUUCGGGUUGCGACUACUUCGUCGAUGAUUUUGUCGCGGAUUUCGCGAGGUAAUCCCAGCAGAGAAAGCAUAUCCGAGAAUUCUCAUACGCAUCACUUCUGUCACUCUCUCACCGUCAGUUGCAACAACAACUAGAUAUUCACUGGGUGCGGUCCUUGACUCCUUAUAGCGGGGGUGUCUUGGCGUUGUACUAUUGAGGACUAGCUCAUCGUGUCUCAGCCUGAUCCGUUAUACGAUCUUUGACUAUUGUUGAAAAUCAACAUCAAGCCUGGUCAGAAUCUACACGUUAACAGCAGUCCAGUCGCAGCGGGCGACGCUCUAAACGCCAUGGGAAUCAAGGGUUGCUGGACAUGCAGAGAACGCAAAGUUCGAUGUGAUUUACAGCAGCCGGCGUGUGGCAACUGCACGAAAGGGCAGCGAGUUUGCCAGGGCUACGGUAUGCAGCUGUCCUGGCCGCGCGCUGGCGAUCAGAAAAGAGCAGUCGUUCUCCGAGAUAAACACCACACGGUGAAAAUAAUCCACGCAAACGUAAGAAGAUUCCUGAAUGUAUCUGGUUGGGAUGUUGCAUUAUCAGAGGAAUUGGGGAACGGGAGAUUGCCAGCUACUUACUUUCGUACAAUGAGGCUACCAGGGCCGAGUUACUUGUCGCCCAUCGUUGUGAAUAGGGAAGAGUCCCACCUCCUAGGCUUCUUCAACGAAUCAAGGUCAUUGGUGCUAGGACCCACCGACGAGGAAGGAUUAGCCAAAUUCAUCUUGCGGAUCGCAUUCUCAAGCAUGUCCGAUUCGACCAAUCCGGUUUUGCAGGGUGUGUUCGCGCUUGCAUCGUUACAGAUCAACGGCAACACGAAGAGCUAUCGCUACAAACAACAAACCAUAUCAGCUAUCAAAGAUUCGAUCGACUGGCUUGACGAACGGACGUUGCUCCAAAAUCUAAUGGCAACGAUGCUUCUUUACCACUAUGAGCUAUCUCUCGAGUCCGAUUCAAAAGGUACUUGGGUGACUUACCUAUGUGCAGUGAAGAAUAUCAUCAAUACAUCUCCCUCAGUCCAGAAACUAGUCCGAGAAGAGUACUCGGUUUUUCUGGACUGGAUAUUCUAUCAUGAAACUCUCGCCGAGUUUACGGUUAGACACUGGAAAGUUCCAUAUGAAGGGUGCGGCUUUGCACCCACUGCUAGAUCAAUCAAGACGGCUGUCGGUGCCAGCCAGUCGCAGAUGGAAGACAGUAUCGGCUGUCCAACGGAAGUGCUACAACUUGUAACGGACACGUGUAGGCAAGCCAUAGUCACUCGUUCCCCUAGAAUGAAUCAUACAUAUGCUGCGCUGGAGCGAACAAAGACACUCGAAAAGAAGAUCUCGAUAGAGAUCGGGGACUAUGGGCCCAUACCCAUACAAUCAAGGGCGUUCAUCAACCGCAAUACCAUGGUAUCUGACCUUCACCGGCUCGCGAGUUUGAUCUACGUCAACCGCGCGGUCCACAAUGUCUCCGAGACCGACUUCCGCCAUAAAAGGUUAGUGCGUGAAGGCAUAUUGCUUUUGACAGAGAUGGUCACUUGCCAGAGUGCGUGGCCUCUGUUCAUCAUUGCAUGCGAAGCCGUUGACGAUGAUCAACGGCUUGCCAUCUUGAACGUCUUUGAACAGAGUAGGCAUGAUCAAAGACGGAGGUCGCGCCACAUCAAUCUGAUUCAGCAUCUGGUAGAGGCUGUCUGGAACCAACAUGACCUAAAUGUCGAGGGUGAAGUGGAUUAUAUGACGAUAUUCGAUGCGGUGGUGGGUGGCCUGCCUUUCAUUCCGCCUUUUGCCUGA